AUGGCUAAGUUAUAUAUCUUUGAGAUUCUCAUACUUUAUAGUGUUUCGUUGUCUAUCAUCUCUGACAGAAACCCGAGAUUUACUUCUAGAUUUUCGAAGGCUCUAAAUGAGGCUCUAGGUACUCAUCUGAACUUCAGUAAAACUUCUCAUCCACAGACUGAUUGUCAGUAUGAGAGAAUGGUACAAUUUUUGGAAGAUAUGCUACAGGGUUAUGUGAUUGACUUUUGUAGUAGUUGGGAGGACUUUUGGUUGUUAGUCGAGUUUUCUUACAACAAAAACUACCAGGCUAGUAUCUACAUGGAACCGUAUGAGGCUCUGUGUGGAGUAUUUCCGUGGAAUAAGGUGUUGAGGUUUAGACACAAGGGUAAGUUGAGUCCAAGUUUUAUUGGGUUGUACCGUAUUCAAAAGAGAGUCGGACAUGUCGCUUAUAAGCUUGAGUUGCCACCCCAGCUUAGCCGCAUUCAUGAUGUUUUCCAUGUAUCUAUGCUGAGGCAAUACCAUCCGGAUUCAAGUCACAUUAUUCAGAUUGAGGAUGUAGAUUUAAGACCUGAUUUGUCUUAUGAGGAGGAGCCUGUUCAGAUUUUGGAUCAGGAUAAGAGAGUUCUUAGGAACAGACGUAUCAUGAUGGUCAAAGUUCAGUGGAGUAAUCGUGGUCUCAUAGCGGCUAUGUAG